AUGUUCCCAACGUCGCUGGCUGCAUCGCUCCUUUUCUUCGUGCCCUUCGUAGUCGCACAAUGUCCCAAUGUCCACGUGUUUGGGGCAAGAGAGACGACCGCGCCGCCUGGAUUUGGAACUGCAGCCUCGGUUGUGCAGAGCAUUGUGAAUGCUUUCCCGGGUGCGACAUCUGAAGUCAUCAACUACCCUGCGUGCGGCGGCCAAGCCUCGUGUGGUGGUGUCUCCUACGCCAAUUCCGUACUUCAAGGCGUCUCCGCAGUCACGAACCAGGUGAACUCAUUCAACUCGCGGUGCCCAAACACGGUCCUCGUUCUCGUGGGCUAUUCUCAGGGCGGGCAAAUCAUGGACGAUGCGUAUUGCGGUGGGGGUGAUACGAACGAGGGGCUGACCAACACCGCCAUUCCCAUCUCCGCUGCUGCGCAAAAGAAGAUUGCCGCCGCUAUUUUCAUGGGAGACCCGCGGCACAUCCCAGGACUGUCGUUCAACGUCGGCAGCUGUCAGGCCUCCGGGUUUGCACCUCGCCCGGCCGGCUUCAAAUGUCCUUUCGCGGCCAACAUCCAGUCCUACUGCGAUGCCCCCGACCCGUUCUGCUGCAACGGAAACGACGCCAAUGUCCAUCAGGGAUACGCCGUCGAGUUCGGCUCCGCAGCGCUGUCGUUCGUCAAGACCAAGGUCAACGCCCUCUUGUAA